AUGUUGAGGAUCACACAGGCUGUAGAACUCCUAAUGCAAAUGUUUGAUAAGUACAUUGAAAGAGAAGAUGUCUGGAACACCCUGACCGAGCGAGAACUAGUUGAACUGGUCCGCAAAGAGUACCCUGAGGCAGACAAAAACUCAGCUGAAGUGGACAGUAUCCUCAAAAAGCUUGAUGCUGACAGUGAUGGCCAAGUUACUUUCAAGAAGGUUUUCCAUAUUGUAAAAGACUCCAACCUAAUGUCCAGCACAUCAGAGAUCACACAGGCAAUGCAACUCUUCAAGGCUACCUUCGAUGACUACGCUCAAAAGAACAAAGACAAAAAUAGAAAUGUGUUUACUGCAGCACAAAGAGUUUCCUGA